AUUGCUUUCCUCCUCAUAAAGGGACCUUACAUUCUCUCCCAUUCUAUUUGUUGUUACUUUCGUUUCUCCAUCUCCUGUUCUUGAUUUCAGAUUUAUAGUUUUCUCCGACGUAGUAAAUCACUUGUAUGUUGUUAAGAAAUACCAUUCUUGGUGUAAAGUUUUUUGGGCUGCACGAUUCUUGAAUUUGAGUGCCUUUUCCCCUCUAAUCAAGUUUUUGGACUUUCUCUUUUUUUUUUUUUUGCUAAAGAUUGAAACUUGAGGGCCUUGUUCUUUUCUUCUUUGUUCUCUAUCUUUCUCCUUGUCUUUUCUCUUAUUCUCCGAACUGUCGCGAUUCUUGAUUUGCAAGAAGGUUAGAGAUGGGAUUCAUAAGCACAAUCAUGGGUCUUUUCGGGUUUGGGAUGGGGUUUGGUUUUGGGCUUGUGGUUGGAUACUUUAUGUUCAUCUACUUUCAGCCAACUGAAGUGGAGGAUCCUGAACUUCGUCCAUUAGUAGAGCAAACUACUGAAGGUCUUCAAAAGCUGAUUCCAGAAAUACCCAUUUGGAUUAAAAAUCCAGAUUAUGAUCGGCUUGAUUGGCUGAACAAAUUCUUAGAAUAUAUGUGGCCUUAUUUAGAUAAGGCAAUAUGCAAGAUGGCAAAGAAAAUUGCAGAGCCCAUUAUAGCUGAGGAAAUUCCAAAAUACAAAAUUGAAUCAGUAGAAUUUGAAACACUAACUUUGGGCAGCCUACCGCCUACUUUUCAAGGAAUGAAAGUAUACAACACCGAGGAAAAGGAAUUGAUAAUGGAACUAGGCUUGAAGUGGGCAGCUAAUCCAAACAUCCUCGUUGCUGUCAAGGCAUUUGGGCUGAGAGCUACUGUACAGGUGCUUGACUUGCAAGUAUUUGCCCUUCCACGCAUUACAUUGAAGCCUCUGGUUCCAGUGUUUCCUUGUUUUGCAAAUAUACAUGUUUCUCUAAUGGAGAAGCCUCAUGUUGACUUUGGAGUAAAGCUGCUAGGUUGCGAUGCUAUGUCCAUUCCUGGAGUAUACAGAAUUGUACAGGAACUUAUCAAAGAUCAGGUUGCAAAUAUGUAUUUAUGGCCUAAAAGACUUGAAGUUCAAAUAAUGGAUCCUGCGACAGCAAUGCAGAAACCACGUGGGCUCCUCAAUGUAAAGGUUAUCCGAGCGAUGAAACUCAAGAAAAAAGACCUUUUAGGGGCAUCCGACCCUUAUGUGAAGCUAACACUCAGUGAUGACAAAGUUCAAACCAAAAAAACAACUGUCAAGAUGAAAAACUUGAACCCUGAGUGGGAUGAAGAAUUUAGUCUCGCGAUUAGGGACCCAGAAACUCAAAUUUUAACACUAACGGUCUACGACUGGGAUGAGGUUGGAUCACAUGACAAGAUGGGCUUGUGUGUAGUCCCGCUAAAAGACCUCACUCCGGAGGAGCCAAAAACUCUUACUCUCGAACUUCUUAAAACUUUAGAUCCCAACGACGUUCAGAACGAAAAGUCGCGAGGGCAGAUUGUAGUUGAAGUCAAUUACAAACCUUUUAAGGAUGAUGAGAUUCCAAAUUUUGAACAGACAGGUGAAGUGGAGAAAGCACCUGAAGGAACGCCAGAGACUGGUGGUUUGCUUGUCAUUAUAAUCCAUGAAGCUCAAGAUGUGGAAGGGAAGUACCACACAAAUCCAUCUGUACGUCUACACUUUAGAGGGGAGGAGAGGAAAACUAAGACUGUGAAGAAAAACAGAGAUCCAAGAUGGGAAGAGGAGUUUCAGUUUGUGCUGGAAGAGCCACCUACCAACGACAGAGUUCAUGUGGAAGUCAGGAGUAGUUCAAAAAAAUUGGGUCUACGGCACCCCAAGGAAACUCUUGGUUACGUGGACAUAAACCUAGCGGACGUUGUCCACAACAAGCGUAUCAACGAGAGGUACCACCUUAUCGACUCAAAGAAUGGUACAAUUCAGAUUGAGAUGCAAUGGAGAACCGCAACUUGACGGUCUAACACAACUUUACUGUCCCAACAAAUAUUAGUUUCUUGAAUAAUGAUUAGGGUGGUGAUUGGAUAGCCAUGGGAAUCCAUGGUUUUUGUUGUAGUUUCUUCACAGGACGUAGUGUCGAUCAUCCAAAUUUUAGGUUGCACAUCAUUCCUUUAGAUUCUAGUUUUAGCUGUGAAAUUCACUCCACACAACACCUGUAAUAGGGAAUCUGAAUCUGUUCUCUUCUCAUAGUGGGGAAUAUGUGCUGCUCCUGCCACAACCUGAGGCUUUGGAAUUCAGCUGGAUAAUCUAACUUGUGAGGAGUCAUUUUUGUUUGCCAAAAGGUACUUGAAUUUCUGGGAUUCAAAAGGGCAGAAAAAAAGCUCCUUUAUCAAACAGUUGAAAGCAUUCUUGGAAAGUCCUUUUGUAAAGGUGCUAAUAUUUGGAAUCAUUAAAUUGGGACACGCUGUUAUGCUAUUCUUUUUU